UGAUGGGCAGCCUGCCCGACGUGCUGUGGAAGGGGGGGCUCAAGAGGCAGCAUGAGACGCUGGCUGAGUAUCACAGGAGGUUUGGGAAGAUCUUCCGCAUGAAGCUGGGGGCUUUCGACUCGGUUCACAUCGGAGCCCCCUGCCUGCUGGAAUCUCUGUACCGCCGGGAGAGCGCCUGCCCGCAGCGCCUGGAGAUCAAGCCCUGGAAAGCCUAUCGCGACUAUCGCGACGAGGGCUACGGACUGCUGAUCCUGGAAGGAAAGGACUGGCAGAGGGUGAGGAGCGCCUUUCAGAAGAAACUGAUGAAACCGAAGGAGGUGGUGAAACUGGAUAACGUGAUCAAUGAGGUACUGUUCCUUCUGUCCCCCCGUGCCCCUGGAAACCUGGGGGGAAAAAAAAA